AUGGUACUCAACAUUUUGAGCAGUUUGAUCCUUGUUGACCAGAAAAGGAGACUGAUUCAGAUUUUCCAUGAGUCUCUGAGGAGGCAAUGGAACAAAUGGGAGCUAAGAGGAUUGGUACUCAUCAGCCUUGCACUGCAAAUAUACCUAAUCUACAGUGGUAAUCGGAGAAAGUAUAUUGCCAAGAGAAAGAUCAGAGCUUUUAUUUGGUGUGCCUACUUGAUGGCAGAUUGGAUAGCCACGGUUGCCCUUGGCAUCCUGGUUGACCGGAGUUCCCCCUAUUCUGGUGACAGCAACAACAACCAGUAUGGAGAUCUAAGGCUGAUGGCAUUCUGGGCACCGUUUCUGUUACUUCACCUUGGUGGGCCGGAUACCAUUACUGCUUAUGCUUUAGUCGAUAAUGAAUUAUGGUUAAGGCACCUGCUGGGUGGUGUUGUCCAAACUCUUGCAGCUAUCUACAUCACACUUGUAUCAUGGGAUGGCACUCUUCUUUCCUUCCUCACCGUUCCUAUGUUUCUGUGUGGGAUCAUUAAGUACGGUGAGCGAACAUGGGUUCUCAACUCUGCUGAUCGGAAGAAUCUUCAGGAUUCCUUUCUUGCGGCUAGGCAUACAGCUGAGGUCAAUUACACGAAGUUCAUGGAGGAGUUCAGCUUAAAAGAGGCAGAGGGGUACCGUGUUACUGCUAGUCAAAUGGAACAAGGAAGCUCACCUCGAGAUUAUACUCUACCCAUUUCUAUUCAUGAUGGCAUAUUGCAAACAGCGAAUUACUUCUUUGAGACUCUAAAGUUCAAGUGGCUCUUUGUGGAUCUCGUCCUCAGCUUCUAUGAGCGAGAUAUGAGUCGAUCUUUCUUCCAGGGACUAAAGUAUGAGGAUGCAUUUCAGGUGAUUGAAUGUGAACUUGGUUUUGCGUAUGAUGUCCUCUACACAAAAGCACCUAUCAUAUAUACUCCUUUCGGUUUGUUUUUCCGUCUCUUCACUUCCUCCGUUACCCUCUCCGUGUUGGUGAUUUUUUUUGUAUCCAUAGGUUUGAGAUCACAUAACCAUGAAUUCGUUGAUGUUGUGAUUACUUAUGUAUUGUUGAUAGGUGCUAUUUUGCUUGAUUUAUACGCAACCCUGUCUUUACUUUUCUCUGACUGGGCAAUUCUAUGGUUCAGUCGGUAUUCUUCAAAGCUUCCAAGUGUUAACCACUCCUCAGACAUAUCACUCCAAUCAGCACUGAAAGAUAAAAGAUGGUCACACUCUAUGUAUCAAUUCGGCUUGUUAGAUUUUUGUCUCACUCAGAAAUCCUCUCUAUUUUACAAAAUCUCGAGUUUCAUCUGUUUCCGUAAGAGGCUUAGGAACUUAUGGGUUAAGUACUGGGUGAGUGUUCGCCAUCUGAAACAUCUCAAGAUGUCGACCGAUCUGCCAUCUUUUAUUUUUAAGCACUUCCAUGAAAAAUCUACUGACCCAUUAUUCCAUCUUAAGAUCUUGGCCCCCUGUCCAGGGACAGUUGCUCUAGAAACCCACAAAAAUCUUGACGACUUAAAAUGGACAGUGGAAGUGGAAUUCGACCAUAGUAUUCUCAUUUGGCAUAUUGCAACUGAUAUCUGCUACGAGGGGGACAAUAGUAAACGACUCAAAGAUGGUAAUCAUGGAAUCAAACCAGAAUGGGAUGAUCACAUGCAUUACAGUAAGCAUUUAGCAGAUUACAUGUUAUAUUUGUUGGUCGAUUGUCCUUUUAUGUUGCCGAUUGGAAUUGGAAAGAUUAGGUUCCAAGAUACCUGUAUUCAGGCCCUGGCUUUUCUUGAAGAGAAAAACUGGGCAAGUAAGGCUGAGGCAUAUGAGUCGUUAGGCCAAGUGAGUAGAAAUUAUUCUCCAGGGACAGUGAAGGUGAGUGAAUCAGUACUUUUUGAUGCUUGCAACCUUGCAGCUAAACUGAAGAAUAUGGAUCCUAAUGAGAUGUGGAAGAUGGUGAGUGGUGUAUGGGUGGAGAUUCUCGGUUACGCAGCAGGUCAAUGCAAUGGAUUCGACCACGCUCAACAGCUUCAUAAGGGUGGAGAACUUCUUACUCAUGUAUGGCUUUUGAUGGCACAUCUUGGCCUCACCAAACACUUCAAGGAAGAAAGUCAUGGAAGAGUUAAGCUGAUAACUACCUAG